UGGCGCGGGGGCAGCCUGAGUGACCUUGUGGGUGGAGCUUCCGUCACCAGCUAGACCCUCUCUGCGCCUUGCCCAGGGUCAGCACUCAUCUGAGGACACGCACUUCCUGCUAGGCCUCCGUGAGCAGCUCCGCAGAGCAGAUCCGAGCCCCAGAGCCCGAGUCCUUCCAAGCGAUUCACCAUGGUCGAUGAACUGGUGUUGCUUCUGCACGCGCUUCUGGUGCGCCACCGCGCCCUGUGCAUGGAGAACAGCCGGCUCAUGACACAGCUGCGGUUGCUGGUGUGUGAGCGGGCCACUCUGCUGCGCCAGGUACGUCGGCCGAACUGUCCGGUGCCCUUCCCCUCAAGGUUUCACGGCGAGAGCGGCCGGCUCCCCGAGUUUGUUGUGCAGACAAUGUCUUACAUGCUUGUGAAUGAUGAUAUCUUCUGCAACGACUGCAUGAAAGUGGCAUUCCUGAUCAGCCUCCUCUCCGGGGAAGCAGAGGAUUGGGUAGUGCCAUACAUACUGAUGGAUAGCCCGAUCCUCUGUGAUUAUCGGGCCUUUGUCGAGGAGAUGAAACAGUAUUUUGGCUGGGAUGACGACGACGAGGAUGAAUUUGAUGAUGAUGAUGAUGACGAGGAAGAGGAUGAUUUCUAGGCCCUGAGCCCCCUUAGGCCUAGAGGGGGAGGUCUCUGCACGCUGUCUCCUCCCUGCCCUGACCCGCUACUCCUCCUGCCACCGCGCUCCCUUUGCAUUGCCAUCCUCUCCCCUGCCAGUCACUUCGCUCCUUCAUCCCUUUUAGUGCUUGUCUUUGUUCCAGUAACCUGAUGCAAGUGCUUGAGUUGGGCCUGGGCCUUUCUCUGAAGCUCACACUGUUCAGCUUCAAUCAAUCCAGGCACCCCUUUCCUAAUCUGAACUGUGUUUUGAGCUCCAGCCUUUGUCCAGGCCUGUGUUUGAACUGGUCCGACCACCUGCAUUCCUGCCAGCUGGCUUCCACUGGAUCGCCAUCCUACAUCUGCCCAGAAACGUGUGCCUGUCACCUCACCACCACCACCCACCGCAUCUCAUCUGCAGCCAUCCACCUUUCAAGAGAAGGACCAAGAAGAAGAUGACGGAGUUGGCUACACCUAUUCAGACUCUGAUUUGGACAGCUCAGCAGCCCCUGAAGGGGCCAGUCUUACAGCCUGGUUAGUUCUCUCCCUACUCACAGGUUCCUCCUCUGCCCGACCAGACUGCUGCAGGAGCCUGAUGUGCCUGCCUGACAGUUGUAAUGUUGAUGUUUCUUUUCUUGUGUGCAUCAGUUUUGCACAGCUGUCAUUUUUCUUUCAGAAUUGCAGCAGUCCCACAGAUGUGUACAUAUGGACAAGUAGUACUAAAAUAAAAACAAGCGAACAGGCGUUCAGCCCAGAUCCCCUCUAGUACCUGGAAAAAGCAAUGGCAUUCUUUUCAAUAAAUAUCAAGCACUGCAAAACUAGAA